AGUGCAUGGAAGCAGGUAUGUAGCACAAUAGAAGCAAAUCAAAAACACAAGAUUAGUUGAGAGCUAACAACAAAUGGCUAAUCCUUCUACUCCCACAAACGUCGUCCUUGGUAGUCGGAGUGGCGACACUUUAAUGUUGGUCUCGUCCACCUAUGAAGGUGUUCCUAACGUAAUUAAGAGCGGUGCAUCACCCUCUAAAUUCCAGCUGGAUACAGAGCUGAGUGUUAUCGCAUCUGUUGUGUAUGCUAUCGGAAAUAUAGCCACGUGGGUCGUUGUUUGGACGGCCAAUGACGAAGUGGCCACUUCGAUCCUUCCUGCUGGUACCCCCGUUGUUUGGAAAGAUAUCUGGAGCAAGCUUAAACGCGACGGUACCGAUGAUUCGUACACCAACAGCUACGGUUGGGUAUACAAUUCAGCGGUACAAAUCAAAUCAGAUGGUGAUUCUCAAACCUUAAUCGCCACAAUCGCUGUUUCCCCACCUGCAAAUUAAGCUAGCUUUGCUUAUUUACUCGUUGCGGCAAUCUGUGGUGCGAUGGUGAGGCUGUCAAAACAUACCACUACUUGUUUACACCAUGCACUUCUAUUUAAAUAAAUUUGACAGCCACCAAUAAAGGAUUGCUUUUGAAUCAUGCGUGUUUAGUUUGUCUCUUUUACUUGUAGUAAUUUCAAAUAUCAGCAUGUGUCUCUUUACUUC